AUGAAGAGCCAGAACAUCAGGACUCUCUUCCUCAUCCUCUCCGUGCUCCUCUACCUGCUGAUCGGAGCCGCCGUGUUCGACGCGCUGGAGACGGAGAGCGAGAGCUCCAGGAAAAGAGCCCUGGAGCAGAAACUGAGCGAGCUGAAGAGAAAGUACGGCUUCAAAGAGGAGGACUACCGGGAGAUGGAGAGAGUCAUCCUGCAGUCGGAGCCGCACCGCGGCGGGAAGCAGUGGAAGUUCACCGGCUCUUUUUAUUUUGCCAUUACCGUCAUCACCACUAUAGGCUAUGGCCAUGUUGCUCCUCGCACCGAUGCUGGCAAGACCUUCUGCAUGUUUUAUGCAGUCUUGGGAAUACCUCUGACUCUGGUCAUGUUCCAGAGUCUGGGUGAGAGGAUCAACACUUUUGUCCGAUAUCUUCUGCGCAGAGCCAAGCAGGGGCUUGGCUUCAGGAAGACGGACGUGUCCAUGGGAAACAUGGUGCUGGUGGGUCUGCUGUCCUGUGUUAGCACCCUGUGCAUUGGAGCUGCAGCCUUUUCUCACUUUGAGGACUGGAGCUUCUUUAAUGCCUACUACUACUGCUUUGUCACGCUCACAACCAUCGGCUUCGGGGACUUUGUUGCCCUGAAGAAGAAAGAUGCCCUCCAGAAGCGAUCGCCCUAUGUGGCCUUUUGCUUCCUGUACAUCUUGGUUGGACUGAUGGUCACCGGAGCAUUUCUCAACCUGGUUGUGUUGAGGUUUCUAACCGUGAAUUCUGAUGCAAGUACUGAUGAAAGUGUAGAGGAGGAGCUUUUAGAACCCAAGGAGCUGCAGGGGGAGGAGGAAGCACCGGAUAAUGCACAGGCAGAGUUGGUCGAGCCUCCUAAGCACAGCAGACUCAGGGAGCUGUUCUCCUGCAUGUGCUGUGGGCUGGAUGUUUGUGGCAGCACCACCGAACUGCAGCAUGAACACACAUGUGGCCACAGCAACCCUGUUUUUUACACCUCCAUCUCCUACAGGGUUGACCAAGUCUCCUGCAGUUCUCACACUGUUUCAUCACCCGGCGCUGUAGCUCUCUGUUGGAAGAAAAACAACCUUCACAUCAGACGGAAGUCACUCUGA